UCUAGUGAUUUUCCAAAAGAAUUCGAAAUAAAAUGUGAAAGCCUGGGCAGAGGAUCUUUUGGAUCGGUACAUUUAGUUGUAGAUAAUAGCAAAAGUGAGCCAAGCUGUUUUGUGGCGAAAAAAAUAAAUGUCUCAAGGAAUCGAAGGGAUCCAAAUAAAAUAAUUUGUCACCAGGAAGCCAGCAUUUUAUUAAAAGUGCAUCAUGAAAAUAUUGUAGUUCCAUGGUUUUGAAAUACAGAAUGAUGCAUUCAUAAUAUUCCUAGAGUAUCUACAAAUGGGAACACUAAAAGACCACAUUGCAUCACACGUUUGUUUAGAAGAGGAGGCAAAACAUUUUACUUCACAAAUUUUACAAGGUGUAAGAUAUUUGCAUGAAAAUGGAAUAUUGCACAGAGAUAUUAAAAGUAGCAACAUUUUAAUGCAAAGUGAGACAAAAGUUAAAAUCUCUGACUUUGGAUUAUCAAAAAUCUUAAAAGAUCAAAGGAACAUUGAUUUGUCGACCAGUGUGGGAACAGUAUUUUAUAUGGCACCAGAGGUUUUAAAGACAGAAACCGUUGUUAUUUAUCCAACAAAGGCAGAUAUUUGGAGCAUUGGAUGCACUGUUGUUGAAAUGAUUACUGGAAUGCCACCUUAUGCAAAGGACUAUAGCUGCUUUCAAGUAAAAGGUAGAAUAGCUGCUAAUGAAAUGCCAGAGUACGAGUUACCGCAAUCAGCUUCAGAUGCUCUGAAAGAUUUUCUGAAGAGGAUUUUUAAAAGAAAUCCGUGUGAAAGACCAUCUGCUGAAAAACUGCUGGAGCAUAUUUUCAUUGUUGAUAAAUAAUCAGAGUCAAAGAAAACAGAUUUGCUCUUUAUUUAAAUGCAUUAUCUAAACACUGUUUUUAUUUUUCUGAAAUUAAUUUUAGGUAUGUACAAUUGUAUUUAAUGUAAGAAACUGUUUCUUUUACAUAUAUCAGUUGAAACACAUUUUGAAAAUAAC